AUGAAUUACAAGUACUGUAUCAGAGAGAAAUUAAGUAUCACCUCCGGAGCUGUCCCGUUGUCAAUUUUAUUAAAUGAGGAAGGUUUAAAUUGUACAUUUCAAGAAACUCUUAAACUUUUAGGUAUUUCGAUAACAAUAUAUAUGUCAAAAUCUGAAGCGGAGUGCUGUUUUUUAAUGCAUAAACGGAUUCAGACAUUCCUCAGAAAUACAAUGAAGGAAGAAACACUUAGUGCUUUAGGUAUGUUGUCCGCAGAAAAAUAUUUUCUAAAUGGAAUUAAAAAUUUUAAUAAUAAAGUAAUUGAAAACUUUGCAACCAAAAAAGAAAGAAGAAUGGACUUCAUUUAUCGGAAACUUUAA